AUGACGAAAACAACACCCAGCGUCGAUUUCUACGAGAUCCUGUCCCUGCCUUUCGCGGCAUCCACGUCUACAGCUCCCUCGAAGCAGCAAAUCAAGCUUGCAUACCACAAGGCGUUGUUGAAACAUCACCCGGAUAAAGCGGGUGGGAUCGCAAAGGACACUGCGCUGAAGUCGACUGCUGUACCCAGUACCAAUGCCAAUGGCGGUUCAUCCGGUCCUUAUACCAUUGAUCAGAUCACAACGGCCUACAAGACAAUCUCGGAUCCUGUCCUCCGUGCUGAAUACGAUCGCACGCUGCGUCUUGAUAGACUGAAGGUUGCGGAGCGGGAGAAGACGGCGGAUGUCUUUCAUACUGGGUUGGAGGUCGUGGAUCUAGAAGAUCUUGCGUGUGAUGAGGGCGCUGAUGGCGAUGUUUGGUAUCGCGGUUGUCGGUGUGGUGAUGAGCGAGGGUUCUCGGUUACCGAGGACGAUUUGGAGAGGGAGGCAGAACAUGGUGAACUUGUGAUCGGGUGUCGGGGGUGCAGUCUUUGGUUGAAGAUUCUUUUCGCUGUUGAGGACGAUGGUUGA